GUUGUGGUUCUGAAAAAAAGUAUAGUCAAGCGAUGGUUCGAAACGACAAAAAAGAGACUCAUUUUCAAAUAGAAAAAGUUUUACCUAAUUUAAGGGAUUUAUCCAUUUCGGGCGGACUUCAACAUGCGAUCCCGCGGGGAGUAUUAUACCGUUCAGCAAGAAAUUUCGCAACGUCGUUAUUUUUGGUUAAAAAAGUUCUCUGUGAUAUACUGCAAAUCAAAACGAUUAUUGAUCUUAGAGAUGAUAACCUAUCAUCUAUGCCUAGGGAAAAGCUAUCUCGUGAAAUAGUUUCACAGUUGUAUCAUCGUUGUUCUCCUAUGUCAAUUCAAAUGGAGCAUCAAAUACUAGAUUCUAAGGAUUCAUCUGUAGUGCACGAUCGUGGUAAUGAACCUGAAAUCCAAGCUUUUAGACAACCUGUUUCGUCACAAUCGACGCCUUGUCUUUCGUCCUGUAGCUCAUUGAUUUCGAAACACGAUUCGGAAUCCAUGGAUGAGUACAAAAAUGUAACAUUGAGCAGACAUGAAAAAAAAUGUCAGCUAUAUUUUACUAGUAAUAGUGUACAUAGUAAAACGGCGAAAAGCAAAAAGGCGGUUGCUUGUCACUGGAAAAAAAAAUCUUUUAAAGACGUUCAACGGAAACUUUAUGUAGUUAAUAUUUUAGAUACUCCAGAAAUACGGUCCAAAGUGAUGGACACUCUUUCAAAAAGCUACAGGUUACCUCUUUUUGCUAUGUAUAAAAUGGUAGACAAAUUGACGGGUAGUGGUCUUGCUUCAUACUACUUUUGUAAAUACUUUGUUUCUUCUCACAAUAUUUUGGAAUCUUAUAAGGAAAUGUGUAUUUGUUGUGGACAAAAGUUUGCAAAAGCACUCAAGUUGAUUACACUGGCGAAAUUUCCUAUUCUUAUUCAUUGUUCCUUAGGAAAAGAUAGAACAGGUAUUUUGUCCAUGCUGCUUUUAUCCAUUCUUGGGGCAUCGGAUGAAAGUAUUAUCCAUGAUUAUGUUUUGACGGAGUGUACCGAUUCGGAUUUUACACAUUAUAAACAUACAUUUGUUGUUGAUGAAUCGGGUUUAGCCGAAGAGUUUAUCUACGCACAUCCCAUCACGUGUAAAGAAACUCUUUAUUUUCUACGUUCUAAAUGGGGAUCCAUUGAUAAGUAUUUAGACUUUAUUGGUUUUACCCAAGAAUGGCGUCACGUGUUGGUUGAAAGACUAAGCCUCUUCAAAAACCGCCACAUCAAGUCUUCAACGUGUUCUCAUUUUUCUAGCUGACUCAUUGACGUUUGAGAUAUUCCACUAAUUAUACGGGAUUUGCGUACAAACAGCUUUGUUCGCUCGAAUUUCACCCCACAACAUUCCGAUAUCGCCGCGAUUGUCGUUCGACUUCACGUCUCUUUUUGUUGCACGUCUUUGAUUAUUUUUUUGAAACCCAUUAUAUAAAAUCUCACUUUUUAACUUGCCUUGUUCGAUACAUAAUUUCAAACAUUUAUGCUUAAUGUAUUUCAACCUUGUCAAAAAUUUUCUUCAAUAUCAUUUUUCCCAUACAAUUACCUACCGUUGGGUCAGUAAAGGCUAAAUUGUUUUAGCUAAGAUAAAGCACCUUUUUAUAAUGUAAAAAGAACUAUACUUUACUCCAAAAGUUCUUCCUUGUUUUUUCUCACAGUAAAUGGUUUCAAAUGCUUUAUUAAUAUCCACAGGAAUGUUAAAACAAAACUCGUUUUUGUGGACUCUUUACCCUAUUGUU